AGAAGGAGAUAAAAAAAGAUGAAAGAAGCUAUGGCCGAGUUGAAGAAGAAUGUGGAGUUGCUGGUACAUAAUGCAAUGGAGGAGCACAUUGCAAAGUUCUUGAAGUCUGGCACGUUUGAUGAGAUAGUGAAUCUGUAUCGAUUGCCCACUGUUAUCUUGGCUUUCACGAACUGCAGAAAGAAGGUGAAAUCGCAAUAUCCCGAAGUGGACGUUACAAAAGGUUGUACAAUUUUUCCUCCGAACUUCGACUUCAAGUUCGUUGCAGUGGAAGAAAAGGUUGCAGAGGUAAAGGGUACAGAAGAGGAAGGGAACCAGCCACCUCCUCCAGUGGAAGUGCAUACAAUUCCUUUAGAAGAGGGUCAGCCAACUCAUCUAGAAGCAGGAUAGCCACCUCUUCCUACUGAGGAAGAGCCACGUCAGCCACCUUUUCCUGUUGGGGAACAGCCACCUCCUCCAACGAAGUAGUUAGGGGUUCCAUUUUUGGGUUUAUGUCUUAUGUUAAAAUUGGAACAAUUUUUAUUUUGAACAUUUUGUAAUAUUUAUUAAUUAAUUUAAAAUUUUUUG